UCCAAGAAAAUACUAUCACCAAAAAAAACCACAUGACACGAGAAGCGAGAUGAAUCAUCACUCUCUUCCUUUUCUCUUCUUCCUCCACCUAAUCCUCUUCCUUUCCCAAGAUUUCCCCACGUUUUCUCACCGUUUCUCGCCGCCACUACACAACUUAACUCUCUACGGCGACGCCUACUUCCGAGACCGUACAAUCUCCCUCACCCGACAACAACCCUGCUUUCCCUCCGCCACAACAUCUCCGUCAAACCCAUCUCCCUCCGGCUACGGACGAGCUCUCUACGUUUACCCAAUAAAGUUUCUCGAACCUUCAACAAACACAACCGCUUCUUUCUCUUGCCGCUUCUCCUUCUCCAUCAUCGCUUCACCUUCUUGCCCUUUUGGUGACGGUUUCGCUUUCUUGAUCACAUCCAAAGCUGACUCCUUGGUCUUCUCUAAUGGCUUCUUUGGCCUACCAAACCCGGAUGAUUCUGAUUCUUCCGUCAUCGCCGUCGAGUUUGAUACUCGGUUUGACCCGGGUAACGGCGAUAUUAACGAUAACCACGUUGGGAUUGAUGUUAAUUCGAUCGUCUCUGUUGCUUCUGUUGAUGCGUUAUCAAAAGGGUUUGAUCUCAAGAGUGGGAGAGAGAUGAUGGCGUGGAUUGAGUAUAGUGAUGCUCUUAAACUCAUUAGGGUUUGGGUUGGGUAUUCACGUGUUAAGCCUACGAGUCCUGUUUUAGCAACACAGAUUGAUCUCUAUGGUAAAGUAAAGGAGUAUAUGCACGUUGGUUUCUCUGCUUCAAAUGCUGCUACGGGUCCUGGGUCAGCUUUGCACAUCGUUGAGCGGUGGAAAUUUACGACCUUUGGGUCUCAUUCUGAUGCGAUUCAGGAAGAGGAGGAGGAGGAAGAGUGUUCGGUCUGCUCUGAUGCGAUCCAUCGUAAAGGUUUCGAUUACAGGGUUUCAGUUGUUGGAUUAAAGAUCCCAUUUUGGAGUCUUUUACCUGGUUUGGCUGCAAUUGUUAUUCUCGUGGCGUUUAUUGUUUUAUCAUUGAUUUGUGGCAAGAAAAGGAUUAGUGAAGGAGCUGAUACGAAUUCGGGGCUUAAUCGGAUGCCGGGAAGGUUGUCCUUGGCUGAGAUCAAAUCGGCGACAUCAGGAUUCAACGAGAACACAAUCGUGGGUCAAGGAGCUUCAGCUACUGUGUACAAAGGCUCUAUUCCUUCCAUUGGAUCUGUGGCUGUGAAGCGUUUUGAUCGAGAACACUGGCCACAGUGCAACCGUAACCCUUUCACCACAGAGUUCACAACAAUGACUGGUUACUUGCGGCACAAGAAUCUGGUUCAGUUCCAGGGUUGGUGCAGUGAAGGAACAGAGACGGCCCUAGUGUUUGAGUACUUGCCCAACGGUAGUUUAAGUGAAUUCCUACACAGGAAACCCCCAUCGGAUCCAUCAGAAGAGUUUACAGUCCUCUCUUGGAAGCAGCGGGUAAAUAUCAUUCUGGGUGUGGCUUCUGCACUUAUUUAUCUACACGAAGAAUGUGAGAGACAGAUCAUCCACCGUGACGUCAAGACCUGUAACAUAAUGCUUGAUACCGAUUUUAACGCCAAACUUGGUGAUUUCGGGUUAGCUGAGAUUUAUGAGCACAAUGCGUUGCUAGCUAGACGAGCCCCUACACUCCCAGCAGGUACUAUGGGUUACUUGGCACCUGAAUACGUGUACACAGGUGUACCCUCUGAAAAAUCCGACGUGUACAGCUUCGGAGUGGUGAUUCUUGAAGUGUGUACAGGGCGUAGGCCGGUGGGGGAUGACGGGACGGUGCUCGUAGAGCUGAUGUGGAGCCUCUGGGAGACGGGGAAAGUCCUGGAUGGUGCUGACAUCAUGCUGAGGGAAGAGUUUGAUGCAGAGGAAAUGGAAAGGGUGUUGAUGGUUGGGAUGGUUUGUGCGCAUCCGGACUCUGAGAAGCGGCCAAGGGUGAAAGAGGCUGUGAGGAUUAUACGCGGGGAGGCGCCAUCGCCAGUUCUUCCGGUGAGGAGGCCUUUGCUGAGAAUUCGGUCAGCUAUUGAAGCUGAAGAGAUCAUUGCCGAUGGUUUGGGUGGGGAUGAUCUUUCCUGGAUGACGCCUAAAUCCAAUUUUAGCUAAUUGAAUUUUUUGGGGCUUUCAGUAUUUCAAAAACUUUUUGGGUUUGAUUUGGAAAAUUGGACUCUUUUUUAUCGGUUAGUAUUGGAAACUAAGAGCAUCACGAAUGGGAGAAUACUAUUUUGAGGUUUUAAAUUUUUUUAAGAUUAUAUUAUGUACUUUUUAAAACUAAGAGCUUGUGAAAGAGUAAUUAAAAUUUUUGCUCCUCCAAUGAUAAAACUCAUAUUGGGAUUUUAAUUUUUGAGAAAAUAUCAAUUUCAAAAUAAAAAUGUUGCAAGUACAACAUCAGAAAGACCAGUGUGACCACAAUGGAGAGGAGGACCGAGGUCAUCAGCUUUUCUUCGAGCCAAUUGUUGAAUUUGGCAUCUUUCCCCUCCUUGUUAACACCAUUGUCAUUGUAACUAUUGAAAAGCUCGCUCAUAACAUUUGUAAUCUUCACAAACACUUCUGUUGCCUUAACCAUUGUGUUGUCAAAUACUCCAAUGAUGGAAGCUCCAAGUUCAUCCCGAUUGAGUGAGGCAAACUGUAGACUUGAUUACCAAAACUCCCGAUGCACAAAUACAUGGAAA